AUGGCGUGGGGCAAUAAUAGAAGGACCUGUAACAGCAGGGCCUGUAACAGUGGGGGCUGUAAUAGAAGAGCAGGUAAUAGAGGGAUCUCUAAAAGUCAUGCCUGUAGUAAUGGCAGGGCCUGUAACACUGUGGCAAGUAAUAAGAGGACAUGUAAUAGAAGUAUCUCUAAAAGUCAGGCCUGUAGUAACAGCGGAGCCUGUGAUAGAAGUUCAUGUAAUAGAAGGAUCUCUGUAAGUCAGGCCUGUAGUAAUGGCAGGGCCUGUAACACUGUGGCAAGUAAUAGAAGUUCAUGUAAUAGAAGGAUCUCUAUAAGUCAGGCCUGUAGUAAUGGCAGGGCCUGUAACACUGUGGCAAGUAAUAGGAGGACAUGUAAUAGAAGGAUCUCUAAAAGUCAUGUCUGUAGUAACAGCGGAGCCUGUGAUAGAAGUUCAUGUAAUAGAAGGAUCUCUAUAAGUCAGGCCUGUAGUAAUGGCAGGGCCUGUAACACUGUGUCAAGUAAUAGGAGGACAUGUAAUAGAAGGAUCUCUAAAAGUCAGGCCUGUGGUAACAGCAGAGCCUGUGAUAGAAGUUCAUGUAAUAGAGGGAUCUCUAAAAGUCAGGCCUGUAGUAACAGCAGAGCCUGUGAUAGAAGUUCAUGUAAUAGAGGGAUCUCUAAAAGUCAGGCCAGUAGUAACAGCAGAGCCUGUGAUAGAAGUUCAUGUAAUAGAGGGAUCUCUAAAAGUCAGGCCAGUAGUAACAGCAGAGCCUGUGAUAGAAGUUCAUGUAAUAGAGGGAUCUCUAUAAGUCAGGCCUGUAGUAAUGGCAGGGCCUGUAACACUGUGUCAAGUAAUAGGAGGACAUGUAAUAGAAGGAUCUCUAAAAGUCAGGCCUGUAGUAACAGCAGAGCCUGUGAUAGAAGUUCAUGUAAUAGAGGGAUCUCUAAAAGUCAGGCCUGUAGUAACAGCAGAGCCUGUGAUAGAAGUUCAUGUAAUAGAGGGAUCUCUAAAAGUCAGGCCAGUAUUAACAGCAGAGCCUGUGAUAGAAGUUCAUGUAAUAGAGGGAUCUCUAAAAGUCAGGCCUGUAGUAACAGCAGAGCUGUAACACUGUGGCAAGUAAUAGGAGGACAUGUAAUAGAUGGAUCUCUAAAGGUCAGGCUGUAGUAACAGCAGAGCCUGUAACACUGUGGCAAGUAAUAGGAGGACAUGUAAUAGAGGGAUCUCUAAAAGUCAGGCCUGUAGUAACAGCAGAGCCUGUAAACACUGUGGCAAGUAAUAGGAGGACAUGUAAUAGAUGGACUUUUGUGAUGUUGUUGUUUCUUGUACAUGCAGAAGUGUAUACAUUUUUAUUGUCAUUGUGGAAAACCUUAUGUGUGGAUUAUUUGAUACCCGUUUUGUUUACAAAAUUGAGAUCAUUUGCUGUGCAAUACUGUUUCCUUUUUGAUAUUUUAUUUCUGUUUUAAUUGAAUGCAGGUAAUAACUUGCAAUCAGCCGAUGUAUUCAAAGUGUGUAAAUAUUGCUGUUUGGCUCAGAACUAAUUAUUAUUUUCCAGUCUCAUAAUCAAAGAGUUCAGAUAUCAAUGUCCUGUUUGGAAAACAAACUCACUUCUGUCUGCCAUAAACUCUUUGCAGAAGUUGUGAGCUUCAAGUGCUGCGUGUUGUAGUUAUAGAAUUCCUGUCUUACAUAAGUGCCUGCCUUGUUUCGUCUAAGGGAUUGAUUGGUGCUGUGACACUCAAAGGUGUAUCUGUUAAAUGACAGCAAGUUUUCUGUUGCAGAGAUGAAAUGAAAUGUAUACGCAUCAGUAUCUGAAGAUUUCAUGGCAUAUAUGCAAAACGUAAGGAGAUUUUUCAUAUCUGCAAAUUCUACAUAUUUAUGUAAUUUUCCCUGACAAUGCUGUAUUUGCAAGUAUAUGUAGCUUUAUACACAAAGCUGCACAUAGGAGUAUUCAAGCUGCACAUAGGAGUAACAAAGCUGCACAGAGGAGUAUUCAAGCUGCACAUAGGAGUAACAAAGCUGCACAGAGGAGUAUUCAGGCUGCACAGAGGAGUAUUCAGGCUGCACAUAGGAGUAUUCAAGCUGCACAUAGGAG